UUCCGGCCCAGCCCUGGGCGCACGCCCCUGGUUCGCGGCUGGCCCUCCCUCAGGCCUCGCUGCGCCCCCGCCCCGGGGACUGUGCCCGGGCCCGAGCCCCGCGCCCCCGGGGAAGACACGGGCCCCCUCGGACGCUCCGCGAGCGCGCUCGCCCUCGGCCGCCGCCCCCUGCAGGGAAAUUUCGGAAAUUUCUCCUAUUUGGGGCUAGGAAGGGACGACACCCUCGGGAAGACCCCCGGGCGUCCCUGCUUCCCGAGGAGUCUCCGUAGGACCCCUGGAGAGGAGCACCGGAGCCCCCAGGGCCGGAGACGGAGAAGCGCGCCAAGCGAGGGGGCACCCGGCCCCGGGCACCGCAGCCCGCCGGCCACUCCCGGGCGCCUGGCCGUGCGGAGGCCCCGGGUGCCCGGCCGGUCCCUCCAGGGCCUCGAGACGCCCGCUGGGCGCACGCAGACGCCGCUGUCGCUUUACAGAACCGGAGUGCAGGCGAGGCGGGACCCGGGCGCAGAGAGCGAUCGAGGAAACGCACGGUCGUGCUCUGACCAUUGCAGUCUAAGGGAUGACACCUCGGAGGUGGCACAAAGGCCGCGCCGCCCCCGGAGGCCCCCGCCCUCGCCGCGCGCGUCGUCCUGGCCCCGCCGGAUGUUGACAGCGUCGCCUAGCAACGGGAGAUGGCGGAGCCCGGCGGCGCGGCAGGCGGGUCUCAUCCGGAAGACGGAUCGGCUUCUGGGGGAGAGAAGGAAGGGGAUGAUGGAGGCGACAUGGGGUCACCACUACAGAACAACAAUGGCCAGAAAAGUGAAGAAGCUGUUGGUAGCACAGAGCGUCCUGAAGUCACAGCCCCGGCGGAAGCUGCAAUUGAAGAAGAGGUCGAGGCUGAAGGGGACGUUGCAGUCCGAGAGGAAGCCACAGUGGAAAAGGAAGAGGAAGAGGAAAUUGAGUCCUACGGAGAUGCUGAAAGCGAACAGGAAUAUUACUUUAUGGAAGCUGCAUCCCCCAAAAGGGAAAUCACUGCUACAUCUACGACUUACUCAUAUGUCAGUCCUCCUGGGGAGCUGCCCGGAGAAGAGUCGUAUGAGAGGGUUAGCAGGGAGGCUGGCCUCGAAGGCUCCCACCCAGAGGCCACAGGUCCAUCAGAAUCCAGAGAAGGGAGCGUCACCUCUGCAGAGCCAUCCCACAGAGGCUUAGGCCCGACGGUGCAAACGGGCCAGGUCAGCCCUGGGCCAGCAGUGGGCAGAUUGACGGGGUCCACAGAGGAGCCCCCGCCGAAGGUCUCCCCGUCAGGCGUGCGACACCGCUUCCGGCUGAGCCGGGGGAGCAGCAUGGAGUCCUCAGACCUGGAAGAGUUCUCGCUGGAGCCAGGGGAGCCCGAUGCCCCCGCCAGGGAAGGAGACCUGCCAGAGUCCUGGAACCAGACCCAGCAGUCCAGCAUCGAGGAAAGGGCCAUGGCGGAGAGAACGGAGUCCGAAGGGAGUGACGAGGAAGCAGAAGACCAAGAAGGGUCCCAACUGGUGGUUUUGGACCCAGACCACCCCCUGAUGGUAAGAUUCCAGGCUGCCCUGAAGAACUACCUGAACCGACAGAUCGAAAAACUGAAACUGGACCUUCAAGAGCUGGUGGUGGCCACCAAGCAGAGCCAAGCCCAGCGGCAGGAGCUGGGGGUGAAUCUCUAUGAGGUGCAGCAGCACCUGGUGCACCUGCAGAAGGCACUGGAGAAGAACCACGACCACCACUCACUUGUGGUGAGGGAGCGCAGGCAGAAGGAGGAGGAGCUGCAGACCGCGCGCGCGCUCUACACCAGGACCCGCGCUGCCGCUAAUGAGGAGCGCAAAAAGUUGGCAGCUCUGCAGACUGAGAUGGAGAACUUGGCCCUGCAUCUCUUCUACAUGCAAAACAUCGAGCAGGACCUGCGUGACGACGUCUCCGUGAUGAAGCAAGUGGUGAAGAAGGCCGAGGCGGAGAGGGUGCGGGCAGAAAUCGAGAAGAAAAAGCAGGACCUGUAUGUGGACCAGCUCACCGCUCGAGCCCAGCGGCUGGAGGAAGACGUCGCCCUGUUUGAGGCUCAGUACUUGGCCCAAGCUGAGGACACCCGGAUUUUAAGGAAAGCAGUGAGUGAGGCCUGCACGGAGAUUGACGCCAUCAGCAUGGAGAAGAGGCGCAUCCUGCAGCAGUGGGGCACCAGCCUGGUGGGCAUGAAGCACCGUGACGAGGCGCACAGGGCGGUGCUGGAGGCGCUCAGAGAAUGCCGGCAUCAAGCCAAGGCCAUCGACAGUGAGAUUGAGGGCUGUAAGAAAUCAAUCAUGAAGGAGGAAGAAAAGAACGAGAAGCUGGCGAGCAUCCUGAACCGGACAGAGACGGAAGCCAGCCUCCAGCGGAAGCUCGUCACCCAGUGCCUGACCAAGCAGGUGGCCCUGCAGAGCGAUUUCAACACCUACAGGCUGGCCCUGCAGGACACAGAGGACGCCCUCAGCCAGAACCAGCUGGUACAAAUGGUCCUCACUGACGAGCUGAAGGCCAUCCGCCAGGCCAUCCAGGAUGAGCUGGAGGUCAGGAGGAAGACAGAGGCCGCCAUCCGGGAGAAGCUGCAGGAACACGUGACCUCCAACAAGAUCACCAAAUACUUCAACCAGCUCAUCCUGAAGCUGCAGAAGGAGAAGACCAACAUGAUGACACAUCUUUCCAAAAUCGACGGCGACAUUGCCCAGACCACGCUGGACAUCACCCACAGCAGCAGCAGGCUGGACGCGCACCGGAAGACGCUGCUGGAGCUGGAGCAGGAGGUGAAGAAGGUCAAUGAGCUCAUCACCAACAGCAAGAGCGAGAUCUCCCGGCACACGAUCCUGAUCGAGAGGAAGCAAGGGCUCAUCAACUUCCUCAACAAGCAGCUGGAGCGGAUGGUCUCCGAGCUGGGGGGGGAGGAAGUGGGACCCCUGGAGCUGGAAAUCAAAAGGCUGAGCAAGCUGAUCGAGGAAUACAACGCCAAGGUGGUCCAGGCCCAGGUGACCUGGCUGCGCCUGCAGCAGGAGAUGGUCAAGGUGACGCAGGAGCGCGAGGAGCAGCUGGCCUCCCUGGACACGUCCAAGAAGGAGCUCCACAUCAUGGAGCAGAAGAAACUGCGGGUAGACAGCAGGAUCGAGCAGGAGAAGAAGGAGCAGAAGGAGAUCGAGCGCCACAUGAAGGACCUGGACAACGACCUGAAGAAGCUCAACGUGCUGAUGAAUAAAAGCCGGUGCAGCUCAGAGGAGCUGAUGCAGAACAACCGACUGACCGAGAACGAGUUCGUGCGCUCGCUGAAGGCCUCUGAGAGGGAGACCCUGGAGAUGCAGGACAAGCUGAACCAGCUCAGCGAGGAGAAGGCGACCCUCCUGAAUCAACUGGUGGAAGCAGAACACCAGAUUAUGCUUUGGGAGAAAAAAAUCCAACUGGCAAAGGAGAUGCGCUUCUCCGUGGAUUCCGAGAUCGGCCAGCCGGAGAUCCAGGCCAUGAAGGGCGAGAUCCACAGGAUGAAGGUCAAGCUCGGGCAGCUGCUGAAGCAGCAGGAGAAGAUGAUCUGUGCCAUGGAGAUGGCGGUCGCCCACAGAGAGACCGUUACCACCCAGGCUGAGGGGCAGCUCAAGACGGACAGGAAGGCGCUCACCCACACCAAAUUCCACCGCAAGCAGCUCGAGCUGCGCCAGAAAAUCAGAGACAUCCGCAAGGCCACUGAGGAGUCCACCAAAACCAUCCUGGAACUGGAAGAAACUGAGAAAAACAUCCGCAACUCCCUCCAAGAGAGGAAGGAAGAGCUGUCGGUGCUGCAGGCAGACUUGGACACACAUGAAGCCAAACUCGCCCAGCUCAGGGACCUCAAACGACAGAACUUUUCAGAGAUCGUGGCCCUGCAGACGCGCCUUAAGCACCUGCAGGCUGUGAAGGAGGGGCGGUACGUGUUCCUGUUCCGCUCCGAGCAGACCAUAAUGCUCCAGCAGCAGCGCCUGGACAAGCGGCUGGCUCUCAUCACCACCAUCCUGGACCAUGUGCUGAAAGAGUACCCCCAGUUCCAGGAGGCCCUGCAGAAAGUCAGGCAGAUGAUCUCCAACAAGCUGCAGUCACUAGGGCCCUCCUAGGGAGCGGCCUGGACCCUGCCUUCCAAGGCCUCAAGGAAGAGAUCCAGAAUUAUGUUUAUUAUGAGGGACUUGGAAUCUUCUGUGUUCCUAAAAACCACAUGUACCCUCAGAAGGGCAUCAUUUAAGAGAAAUAGGCCAACCCCACCCGUAGGAAUCUUUUUAGCCACUCAGCUGUUUCAAUAAACCAAGUAAAAUCCUAGCACUU